GAAUAGUCCUUUUACAGAGAAAAUGGAUCGGGGCAGAGUCAAAUCUUACAGGAGAAGAUCUUCAAUUGUUUCUCAAAAGCUUCAAGUUACUGACCGUAGUUUCAUGGAGAUUGAUGAAGCUCAUUCUAUAGGUAAAAAUCAUGGCGGAUGCAUACUUGGAAUUAGAACUCGUUUAAAGGAUGUCAGUAAUGGCUUAGCCAAUUCUAAAGAACUUGUUAAAGUUUUGAAUCGAGUUUGUGGUCUAGAUGAUAAACAUCCGUCAAGCAUGUCAUUAGUCUCGGCAUUAUAUGCCGAACUCGACCGAACAGGAAUCCAUGUUGAUCAAUUGAUUCGGGAGCAACGAUCGAAUCACGAGGGAAUCGAGCAUCUCAUGAGGCGUUUUGCCGAACAAAAGCUCGUUUGGAAGAGGAGCGAGCGUGAUAGAAUCCAUGACACCGUAGCGUGUAUUGCCGAAGAGCUCGAGAUGGAGAAGAAACUCAGGAGGGGAACGGAGAGAUUGAACAAGAAGCUCGGGAAAGAAUUGGCCGAUACGGCGGUGGCACUGUCCAAGGCAAUGAAAGAGGUCGAAAGUGAGAAUAGAGCAAAAGAGAUUUUGGAGCAAGUCUGCGAUGAAUUGGCUCGAGGUAUCGGAGAAGAACGAGCUACUGUUGAAGAACUGAAACGAGAGUUGGCUAAAGCGCAUGAAGAAAUGGAGAAGGAAAGGGAAAUGCUUCAAUUCGCCGAUGUAUUACGAGAGGAGCGAGUCCAGAUGAAGCUCUCCGAAGCUAAAUAUCAUUUUGAGGAGAAGAAUGCAGUCGUCGAGAAGUUGAGAAAUGAACUUGAGGCCUACCUAGGAACCAAACUAAACGAAGAAAAUGUCCACGGUUCGCUGAAUCUGCAGAGGAUCAGAGAGCUCAAAGCUUACUUGAAAAAGAUCGAUUUUGGUUCCGGCCAAAUGGUCAAGCAAGUUGCGGAUAAACUCAAUGUUAUGGACGGAGAAGAGUGCGAAGCAGUUGAUUCAGCCGAUAGCGAUCUUCACCCCAUUGAUUUAAACAUGGACAACAAUGACAUGUGCUACAAAUGGAGUUAUGCUCGAAGAAAUAUAGCCGAAGGAGGAUCGAAUAAGUUUCCGAUCGAAAAGGACAGUAAAGAGAGGAAAUCGCUUUCCGAGACCAAGUACCUUGCAUCGCAAGCUGAGGCACAUGAUUACGAAGAUGAGAUAAAGAGAUAUAGAUCUGUAAAGUCUUAGAGAUCACAUACUAUCAAGUAACAAAUAGCUCCUAUCCAAAGCUUUCUGAGUCCGACCCAGCAGCGGUGCCAGUCCAUGCACCUCGAGGAGGCCAGAGCCGGGACUGUUUCGCCGGCGUCGAAGGCGGAUGGUUUGAACCCUAAGCUUGUUGGCUCAUUAAGUGAAGGCCGAACUUCAGCAAGAUAAGAGAGAAGAAACUUGUUAUUUAUUUAUUUGAAUUUCUUUUCUUUUUUGCUUUCUUGAGUAAUGCUAUGUUGCAUUUUCUUGAAUUAAAAGGCUGUUUUUUAAAAUGUUUUAAUCAAUCGGCAAACUCAGAAUUACCGAGAG